CGCUCCCUUUUUCUCCAGUCACAGCUUCCGCAACUGCCACUCGCGCAGCCCGUGAGCGCGCUCCCCACACUAGCCUGCAGAGCCCCUCGAGUUACUCGUUUGCCGGACACAAUGAAUGAGGAAUACGACGUGAUCGUGCUGGGCACCGGCCUCAAGGAAUGUAUCCUCUCCGGUAUCAUGUCGGUGAACGGCAAGAAGGUGCUACACAUGGAUCGCAACUCUUACUAUGGCGGAGAAAGCGCUUCCAUUACCCCACUGGAAGAUCUGUAUAAAAGGUUUAACAUCCCUGGGUCACCUCCAGAGAGCAUGGGGCGAGGGAGAGACUGGAAUGUGGAUCUUAUCCCUAAAUUCCUAAUGGCUAACGGCCAGUUAGUGAAGAUGCUGCUAUAUACAGAGGUCACUCGAUACCUGGACUUCAAAGUCAUUGAGGGAAGCUUUGUUUACAAAGGAGGGAAAAUUUAUAAAGUCCCCUCCACUGAGGCUGAAGCUUUAGCAUCAAGUCUGAUGGGCUUGUUUGAGAAAAGGCGCUUUAGGAAGUUUCUGAGCUUUGUUGCCAGUUUUGAUGAGAACGAUAGCAAAACUCUCGAGGGAAUCGAUCCCAAGAAAACAACUAUGAGGGACGUGUACAAAAAAUUUGAUUUAGGGCAGGACGUUAUGGAUUUCACAGGUCACUCACUGGCUCUUUACAGAACUGAUGACUAUUUGGAUCAGCCCUGUCUUGAGGCAAUAAACAGGAUUAAACUGUACAGUGAAUCCCUCGCUAGAUACGGCAAAAGCCCUUACCUUUAUCCACUCUACGGCCUUGGUGAACUGCCCCAAGGAUUUGCACGACUAAGUGCCAUUUAUGGUGGCACCUAUAUGCUGAACAAACCAAUAGAAGAGCUUGUGAUGGAGAAUGGCAAAAUUGUUGGUGUGAAAUCUGAAGGAGAGGUUGCUCGAUGCAAACAGUUGAUCUGUGAUCCUAGUUAUGUUCCAGAACGUGUCAACAAAGUGGGUCAAGUUGUCCGUGUAAUUUGUAUCAUGAGUCACCCAAUAAAGAACACAAAUGAUGCCAAUUCCUGCCAGAUCAUCAUUCCUCAAAAUCAGGUCAACAGGAAAUCUGACAUCUAUGUGUGCAUGAUGUCCUACGCUCAUAAUGUGGCCGCACAAGGAAAAUACAUUGCUAUAGUCAGCACUACUGUGGAAACAAAUGACCCAGAGAAAGAAAUCAGACCAGCCCUGGAACUCUUGGAACCCAUUGAACAGAAGUUUGUUAGCAUUAGUGACAUGUACGUGCCAACAGAUUUGGGAACUGAAAGUCAAGUGUUUAUUUCAUCCACAUAUGACGCAACCACCCAUUUUGAAACUACCUGCAACGACAUAAAGGACAUCUACAAAAGGAUGAUGGGCUCCGAAUUCGACUUUGAAGAGAUGAAACGCAAAAAAAGUGACAUCUUUGGAGAAGAUCAGUAAAGAUGAACAUCCAUAUAGAAGAAGUUCAGGAACUUAGGAACACUGUAUGAAACUUAAUAUUGUAAGGCCUGCUUUUGUAAAAACCCCUUUGAAAUUCAAGAGUAUUGCACUGGUAAUUGCUCCCAUAUUUCCUUUGAAUAUCAUUUAUAAGCGUCUUAUUUUUUUAAGAGAGAGGCUGCUUCUGCCCAGAAAUAAAGUAAACUUAGUGCAUUUUUUUUCUUUGCUGUAAUUAGUAGAUGAAAAGCAUUUCUACUACAGGCAUUGAAGUAUUUCAGUUUAUUCUAAAUUGUAAACCAUGCAACAAAAAUACAUUCAAUAUUGGUAUUUUAUCUUUGUAUUUUAAGUAUUCUCUGUGAUUAUCUGCACUGACGUGUUAGCGUUUUGAAACGUUGGAGGGGCUUGUUAUGUCUUUCAUCAGUCUUACCCAAAUGAGAAUCUAUCUUCUGGGAUAUUUCUCUAAUUAUGCUUGUUAAUAAUUCUAAUAUUUUUUUCCUUGUCCGCUAUAAAAUAACUUUGGGCUGCGUUUCCACAUUUACUGCUUUCUCCUUCCCAUGUGGACUUGGUGCCAUUUUUCUUCUGCAGUGAUGAUGAUACUUAAUAUGUAACUCUGGGUGCAACAUUCUAACAAAGUUUGAAACCAUUGACACCAGCUGGGAAAAUACGACGGACCAUAAACCUCUUUCUGUUUUAAUCUAAUAAAUUAACAAACAAAAAAGAAAUUCGUAUCAAACAGGCAAGACUUGUAUGCAUUUUCUGUAUCCCUCCAUGUUUCGUAAGUGGACCAAAAACAAAACUGCAGUAUUGAUUUUACAGAGCCCUAUCCCUAAAGUGUUGCUUAUUAGGGGUUUUUCUGUACUGCAAAGUAAAGCCAAAUUGUGGAAA